UGCCUAUUACACCGGUUGAGAUUCGCACAGUACUGCUUAAUUAUUUUUGUAAUGAGCAGCGACGAUGAUUAGCAUUGCAAUCAAAUUCGUUAUCGAUCGACCUUUUUUUUGAAGUGGCGCUACCGUCGCGAAUUUGUUUUCAACGCAUCAAUGUGAAUUCGGAUGAAAUGAGUAACGAGGUGGCCGAGCCCGUGGAAACGAGCCUGAACUCCUCGCCCCCGGUGCCGAAAAGCACGAGGCGUCGAUCGACUGCCUUCCAACGACAAUCAAUUGGGCCAAUUUCGGCGGAUUGUGACACCACCCAAGAUGUGACCCACGAGUCGAAAAAGUUCAAAUCCUCCGAGAGAGCUGCAUCGAAGAGCUCGUUCGACUUGAAAGGUUAUAUUGCGAGACUCGAGAGCGAGGACGCGCAGUGGCGCGAAGAGUACGCGAGGAGGAGGAUUCGAACUCGAAAUACGUCGUUGUUGCUGAAAACAAUCGAGGCGGGCCAGAAAUUGGAUCUGUCCGUCUUGACGAGUAGGGAAAAAGCAUUUCUCGAUGCUCGGCCGAAUUACGACGAAUUCAAUGAAAAUUUACAUCGACUUUCUGAGCUGGCGACCAAAGUGACUUAUCUGAAUUUGAACGCUAGUCAUCUCUGUGAAAAAUCCGUGACCAAUUUGAAAAGUGAAGUGGAAAAAGCAAAACAGCGAAUAAUUCAAUUUGCAGACUGAUAAUACUUUUAUAAUGUACUAUAGAUUUUGUAAAUAAAUUUUAAUAUACAUAAAUAUAAGAUUAGCAUAUACUUAUUCACUAAUUUAUAGUUUUCUU